GUGAAACCGCAAAACAUUUCACCAGCCGCUCGUUCAGCUCUUGCCAGUCUGCCAUGCCACCUACUUCCUCCAUGUUUUGUCAGCUUUAAACAUCGACAGAUCCUGCCCCCUGCUGUCGUCUUCAUUGCCGCGUCCCGCGGCGCACGAUCCAACUCGAUCUCACACGGUCGAACCAUACAACACUCACUGUCAGUCUGUCGCUGCACUGACGCAGCCGCUGUCCAGCGCGAACGGCGGCUCACGCGCGCUACUCCCAUCCCAUGGAGCCACAGCAGCUGCGGCUGCGAGUCCUGGACACCGUGCGCCUGUCGCCGCCACCCGCCCCGGCGCAGCCCGCGGUCCUCCCGCUCUCCGGCCUCGACGCCGACCGCAACGCGUUCGACGUCACCUUCCGCACGCUCCGCUUCUUCCCACCUCCCCCGCCGUCCAUCGAUGCCCACGCGGUCCUCCCGCCCGUGUUCGAGGCUGCGCUCGGCCUCUACCCGGCGCUCGCGGGCCGCCUCCGCCGCGAAGGCCACGUCGUGGUCGGCGCUGGCGCCGUGCCCCUCGUCCUCGCGGAGUCCGGGCUGUCGGCGGUCGACGUCGACACCGACUGCCCCGGCUCGGCGCUGCUCGACCGCCUCGCGCCGGGGGACGGCGACGCCGACGCGGAUACCCCGGCGCUCGCGCUCCAGGUCACUCGGUUCGCGUGCGGCGGCGUCGCGCUGGGGAUGCGGGUGGCGCACGCGCUGUGCGACGGCGCGGGCGCCACCAAGUUCCUCGCGGCCGCGGCGCGGUUCGCUUGGGGGCAGGGUCCGCCGGAGGUUGCGCUAGUGUGGGAGCGGCGGGAGCUGCUAGGGCCGAGGCGCCCGCCGCGAGUGGCGACGCAGGUGUUCGACCGCGUCCUCGCGCUCGACGGCGGCGUCGCGCGGCGCGGGCCGUACGGAACCGAUGUGGAACGGCGCGAACAGCAGCGUCUGCUCACGAGGGAAUGCUUCCACGUGAGCAACGCGCGCGUGGAGGCGCUCAGAGCGCGGAUCGCUGACGAGGCUGGCGUCAAGUUCACUUCCUUCGAGGUUGUCGCCGCGUUCAUAUGGCGCGCCAGGGUCAAGGCGAACGGGAGCAGCCCUGGCGAGGUGGUGAAGAUGGUGUACUCCAUGAACAUCAGCAAGCUCGUCGACCCGCCGCUCCCCGAUGGGUACUGGGGCAACGUGUGCGCCCCGGUGUACGUCGCGCUGGCCGCCUGCGACCUCGUCUCCCAGCCACUGGCCGCAACCGCCGCCCUGGUAAGGAAGAGCAAACAGGCCGUGGACGACGAGUACGUGCGAUCCUACGUCGACUUCCAGGAGGUGCACCGGCACGAUGGGAUCACGGCGGGCGCCGUGAGCGCGUUCACGGACUGGCGGCGGCUCGGACACGGGGAGGUGGAUUUCGGGUGGGGCGGCCCCGAGUCCGUGCUGCCGCUCUCGUGGAGGAUCCUCGGGAGCACAGAGCCGUGCUUCCUGAUACCCUACGGCGCCAGGGAUGAGCGCCGGCGGGAAGGGUUCAAGGUGUUCAUCGCGCUGCAGCGCACGUCGCUGGCUGGUUUCAGAGAGGAAAUUCAGGAGCUGCUGUUGCAACCGCAGCAGCAGGGUUCGGCGGGAAAGCUGUGAACUUGUUAGAGAUACGGGAAACAGAGUUAUCUGCAUCAAAUUUGAAUUUAAUCCUAAUCUGGAUGUAAUAAACAGUUUACAUAUGACGAUUUGUCAUUUGAUCCUAAAGUUAUGGACAGAAAACGAACUUA